AUGGAACCAGUGAGUGAGACACCCGAAACGGGUACGGUUCGCAGUCGUAAAGCACAGCGGAAGCAGCAAAAGCCCAGCGAGGACAGCAGCAGCAAGCGAUCGAGCUCCAUGGAGGCGAACGAAAACGAAAGACUUCAAGCAAGCGACGAACCCGAAAAGCGUUGUGACAGCGAUGUGGCCAAGCAUAAGGAAGCGGAUGUGCGGGCUGCACUACCAAAAGAGGAUGCUGACGAUCGGUACAGCUUCUCGAUCAGUGUUCAGCUUAACGCAGCCACCCUGGGACUGUUUCUGCUGUCGUUCGUGACGCGUUUCUAUCGCAUUACGCACCCAAGAGGCAUUGUCUUCGACGAGAUUCAUUUCGGAAAGUUCGUGUCGCUGUACCUCAAAAAUACGUUCUACUUCGAUCAGCAUCCACCGCUCGGGAAGCUGCUGAUCGCAGGCGUGGCCGGAGCCAUCGGGUACAGUGGUAAUUUCGAGGCGUCGAAGAUCGGCAGCGAAUACGAUGCGUCCGUUCCCAUCCUUGCACUGCGUUUCAUUCCGGCUCUCUGUGGUAGCCUGCUAGCACCGAUCGUGUACUCGAUCUUGCGCCAGGUCAAACUUGGCCAAGGCGUAUGCAUUCUCGGUGGGCUGCUGAUCAUACUUGAUAACGCGCUGCUGACGCACUCGCGCUUCAUCCUCAUGGAAUCGAUGCUGCUGUUCUUCGCAGCCUUGGGUAUCCUGAUAGUACUCCGCUUCCUGCAAGCCGAUCCAUUUUCCAUCCGCUGGUGGGUGCUUGGUACGAUCGCGGCUGCGUCCCUAACAGCAGCUGUAUGCGUCAAGUUCGUCGGGUUCUACACCUACCUCCUUGCCUUGUACGUGAUGGCUCGACACGUCUGGCUCGAGUUGCCCGAUGGGCGUAAAUCAAACGCUUCCAUCCUCGCGCGAGUGAUCACCCAACUUGUGCUGCUAGUGACAGUUUCCUUGGCCGUUUACGUCGGAUGUUUUUACGUGCAUUUCGCCACACUUUACAAGGCGGGCCCACACGAUAACGUGAUGACGAGCGCCUUCCAGGCAUCCUUGGAAGGUGGUUUAGCGUCGAUCACCAAGGGCCAACCAUUGCGUGUUCAACACGGCUCACAAAUCACGCUCAAGCACACACAUGGGCGCGUUUGUUGGCUCCACUCGCACACACACGUCUACCCGGUCAAGUACAAAGAUGGACGGGGCUCGAGUCACCAGCAGCAGGUCACCUGCUACGGGUUUAAGGACGUGAACAAUUGGUGGAUCGUCAAACGUCCCACCAAAGACAACCUAAUGGUGGACGAAGAACCGGACUACAUCGAGCACGGUGACGUAGUGCAGCUUGUGCAUGGUGUGACGAGUCGAGCGCUUAACUCACACGAUGUUGCUUCACCGAUGUCACCGCUCUGCCAGGAAGUGUCCUGUUACAUCGACUACAACAUAUCGAUGCCCGCGAAUCUGUUAUGGCGUGUGGAGAUCCUUAACGGGAAGGAAUCGAAGAACAAGUGGCACGCGAUCACGUCCCAGGUGCGGUUGGUGCACGUCAACACGACGGCUGCACUGAAGUAUACCGGUGAACAGUUACCCGACUGGGGUUACAACCAGUUUGAGGUAGCAGCUGAUCGUCGCCAGCAAACGAUCGACACAAUCUGGAAUGUGGAGGAGCACAGAUACACGCAACACCAAGACAAGAAGGAAGUCCUGAGUAAGUUGCUCGCGACCGAGAUGAUCCCAACCGAACCAACGAAGUUGUCGUUCUGGAGCAAGUUCUCUGAGUUACAGCUUAAGAUGUUGAUGCACGCGGACAAACUCGAGAGCCACAUGUACUCCUCUGAACCACACGAAUGGCCAUUGCUGGAUAAAGGCAUCGCGUACUGGAUCGACAGCGAAUCGAACGCACAGAUCCAUCUGCUUGGUAAUCUCGUCGUUUGGUACUCGGCCACGUUUGCGAUCGUCCUGUACGUGGGCCUGCUAGUGCUCUACCUUAUGCGUCGGAGACGUCUCAUGUUCGAUCUCAACCCAACCGAAUGGGCUCGAUUCCGGCUCGGAGGGGAGAUCUUUCUCGUGGGAUAUCUCAUGCACUAUCUGCCGUACCUCUUCGUCGAGCGGACGCUCUUCCUGUACAACUAUCUCCCGGCGCUGCUGUUCAAGGUGUUGCUGCUUUGUUUUGUGCUCGAUCACUGCCAGCUAGCGCUGCGAAAAUUCGCCCAUCGACCAGCCUUGGUGGUGGGCAUUUUCCGCGCGAUCGUUGUCGCUUGGUUCGCGGGUGUCCUGUACUUCUUCCAACGGUACAGCGUACUGAGCUACGGCACAACCACCCUGUCUGCGGACGAUGUACUCGCACUACGUCUCAAAGACACGUGGGAUUUGAUCGUACACAAGCCGUAA